CUCGCUUGCUGACGUGUACGCUCGGCGGCAAAUGGCGAUGGCGGAGGCGGCGGCGGCGGCGGCUCCGGCUCCGGCGGCGAAGCUGGGGCUGUACUCGUACUGGCGGAGCUCAUGCUCCCACCGCGUCCGCAUCGCCCUCAACCUCAAAGGUUUGGAGUACGAGUACAAGGCGGUGAACCUGCUCAAAGGGGAGCACUCUGAUCCAGAAUUCAUCAAGGUUAACCCUAUGAGGUUCGUGCCAGCGUUGGUGGACGGCGACGCUGUAAUCGGCGAUUCUUACGCUAUAGCGUUGUAUUUGGAGGACAAGUACCCGGGGAGCCCUCUUCUACCUCAAGACCUUAAAAUGAAGGCCUUGAAUCUUCAGAUUGCAAGCAUUGUAUGUUCUGGGAUUCAACCUCUUCACAAUCUUACUGUACUGAGGUUCAUUGAGCAGAAGGUUGGUGCAGGGGAGAGCAUCCCAUGGACUCAACAACAGAUCGAUAGAGGUUUCACAGCUGUUGAGAACCUGGUAAAAGACUCUGCUGGAAAGUAUGCAACAGGAGAUGUUGUUCAACUGGCAGACGUAUUCCUCGCACCCCAGACUUAUGCAGCAGUGACUCGCUUCCAAAUCAACAUGUCAGAUUAUCCCACUCUCGCGAGGCUCCAUGAUGAGUAUAUGAAACAUCCAGCAUUCCAAGCAGCGCUCCCUGAGAGGCAACCAGAUGCCCCUUCUUCUACCUAGAAACUGCUGUGUGUAUGGAUUGCUCUUGUAUAUUUUUGGUCAUCUGGGAAAUAGAUUGGAAUUCUUACUGUCGUAAUCAACUUGUCACUGGAAGAUGUAACAAUAAGCACAGAACUUGUGCAAUGAAACUAGGCGUGUAUAUGUUCUUGUGCUCUUCUUCUACACCA